AUGGCACAUCCUUACAUAAUUGUUUCUAUGGCAGUGCUUUUCCUCUGUGCGUUUGCGAAGGAAAACACAAACUGUGAUGACAAAUGUUCCACCAGGUUCAGUAACAGAGUGAAAGAAGAGUUGACAAGACAUUUAAAAAAUACCGUGCUGUGUACAUGUUCUAUGUUGGAACAUGCUGACAAGUACCUUAAACGAAAUCCCGAUCCUGACGUCAAAUACAGUGUUUCGAUUCUCUAUACGUCCGGUAAAACCGAAGCUGAUCUCUUAACAAGAAUCGCAUUCAACUCCAGAGAAGUAGUGAAGCUUAUACAUGGUCAUCCUGAAGCAGUUGUUUACUAUGGAUGUAGAGGGCAGCCCCGCACCAUAAGUCAAGCCCAGUUUGAUUCCUACUUCGCUUGCGUCUUUACGUUGGACCCUGUGAGUAUGUCAUUUGAUGCAUUGAAGCUUUGCGAAACUUUCAUGUGCUACGUUUAUGAUGUAUUAGCGUUCUUUGUUGCAAUCAUAGUCAUGCAGGAUUACGCCGGCAUAAAACCGACUACGACUUCACCGCGCCCAACAGUUUCGGACGCAUGGGCCAGAAACGGAUAA